CUCAUCUCCAGUCUUGAGCCUGGUAUUUACACCAUUCCCCUUUCUUUGUCUCGACGUCUCGGAGUGAACAACCUGACACAAUCCACGCCAUUGCCCUGAUCUUAUCUGCCCUGUCUCAGCGCGAGCUGCCCUCCCACACCACCCAAGGCUGUUAUUGUUAUAUAACAAGCAGGGAUCUGCGAUAAGCCUGUCACUGUUGCGGCCUCGACCAUCCCUCCUCCCUGCUCGGCCAGCCCAGCCCCGUCUCUCUUCAUCUCCCCCAACACCACCUUACAACACUACCCCUACCCGCUCCCCUCACUUUCUUGCUUCUUCCUCAUCUCCAAUCCGCCUGGGCAUUCCAUUGACAACCUCCUCUUGUGCUACACGACUUUCGACCACUUCACCCUUUGGCGCCUCCCUUCCUUCUGUUUGCUUUGCUGUCGACAUGUUCCUAUGAUUCCCUCCCUCUUCACCAUCCGACCACCUCGAUCCGUUGCAAUUGCAAUCGAAUGACCCUACCCCCACUAGCUCUAUUAGUCUCGCAUAUAUCAUAUCCACCAUAACGCAGGAACAAUGGCGACGAUUGCCCUUCCACCACCAUUCGACAACUAUCGGUCCACCUCCACCAUUGGCUCCAUGACCACCACCAUCACCAUAGAGCAGCCGCCCAGUCACCCGACGCCCGUCCCCAACAAACAUAUUCCCGUUUGCCCUCCAGGUACAGCUUCGCGGGACGACGCUGAUACGCCGCCGCCUUCGCCCUGGCCCGUGACGAAUGGCGCCGACGAGCACUCGCCCCCCCGCUCGUUUCUCUACCCGCCUCAUCGCUUCCACCAUGUCGACUCCGGCCAUCUCUCGCUCUACGAGAUCGACGCCGCCGAUGUAGCUGCUGCCUUGGACCAUCUUUCGAGGCAACCCUUGCCAGACCCCGCGCACGUCUUCCCAUGGUAUCAUGGCCUCCACCCCCGGAACCAAGUGCAGCAGCACUUCUUUACCAGCCCCCGCACGUGGCGUGCGCAGAAAAAGACCCCUUCUUGCCUUCGUGGAAUCACCCUUGUCAAGGCCGAUGGCGACCUCAACUUCUCUCGCCUCAAGGGCGCUAUUGCUCCUUACGAGUUCCUUCACUCAAGCAGCGCCGAGUUCAUCGAUGUUGACCCCGAGCAUGGCUUUUCCGUCCGCAACUUCCAGAUUCAAGCCGCCAAGGCCGCCAUGACGAGCGAUAUCAUUGUCUACGGCGAUAACGAAGCGGCCGUUCGCAAGUUGGGCUGGGACAUAGCUUCGGCCCAGCACAAGUGGCGCUACAAGCAUGAGCUACAGUGUCAUUGGGUUCCCGAGUACAACACCUUUAUCUGCCUCAGUCCAUUCGACGAGUUUGAACAGAACCAUCGUGAGAUUGUGGCAGUCGAUUCGACAGGUAAUCUGACGGGAAAUGUACUGGACUUUGUCAAUCAAGAGAGACUUGAAAUGUAUCUCAUGACCCAGGCUUCGGAAAUUGCACCCAACGUGUGGAUGGGUCCUACACCCGAUCCAAUCAUCGAAGAGGACAAUGGCUAUCAUAUUCAGCUCGAGUGCAGCGACAUGGGAAGGGCCAACACCUGCGCAGCUUUCUUGCAAGCUCUUGCUGAAGAUGGGCUGGGCGAUGUACCAGAACCGGUUCACUUUGACUUUCCUUCCUCAGGAAGCUUCCUAGUUCCCGACUAUUCCCAUGAGGAUGCAGACGCUCUCCUGGACACUUGCAAAUGGCUUUGGCAUCUUUCACAUGGGACUAGGCCAGAGAAAUCUUCUGAUACUGGUAGAGACAAAUCUUGGCCACCAUUAAGCCCACGAAAGAUUCUCAUUCACUGCGCAGAUGGUUAUACGGAAUCCACAGUCUUGGCCAUUGCAUACUACAGUUAUAGCACCGGCCUACCUAUCCCCGAAGCCUGGUUAAAGCUGCACACCAUCAUGAAACGCAACUUCUUCGCAUACCCCUCCGACGUGAACUUCCUAGCGACAAUCGCUCCCCGACUCCUACAAGAAUCACCCAUGGGAACCGACCGAAGCCUCGCACAAGUAACGGAACUCGUCAGAAACGAACCCAAGUGGUGGACAGGUUUCGACGGGUCCCUACCCAGCAGGAUCCUUGAUUACAUGUACCUCGGCAACCUUACCCACGCAAACAAUCCAGAUCUGCUUAGGGCCAUGGGCAUCGGCCAGAUUCUGAGUGUGGGUGAGAUGGCCAUGUGGCGAGACGGGGAGUUGCAGGAAUGGGGGGAGGAGAACACAUGUAUCGUGCGAAGAGUGCAAGAUAACGGGAUUGAUCCGUUGACAGAUGAGUUUGAGCGUUGCUUGGAGUUCAUUGACCGUGGCCGCCGCCUCGGAACUGCAACCCUAGUCCACUGUCGCGUGGGUGUAUCCCGCUCUGCCACCAUUUGCAUCGCCGAGGUGAUGCGAUCCAUGGGGAUGUCCUUCCCGCGCGCAUACUGCUUUGUCCGCGCUCGGCGGCUCAACGUCAUCAUCCAGCCUCACCUCAGGUUUGCCUACGAGCUGCUCAAGUGGGAGGAGUUCCUUCGCUCAAACCAAGAGACCAAGGAUCACGGCAACUACACCCUGACGGCCGAUGGCAAGGACGAUAACGAGUCGUCUUCCGAAGGCCAAGGCAUCAUGCGGGAGCUUGAGUGGGGAGAAAUUGCGAGAGAGGUUGCCUUGAUGAACAAGCCAUACUCGAGAUAGAGCGUGGUAUAACUCUCGAUUUAGCAGGACGCUUUUCAUCCAGGGUAGUUCACUGUUGUGAGGUGUGGUCGCAGCAGUCGCUUUACCAAGCCUCGUUCACAUUGCCGACAGUAUUGCGAUCCAGCAGAUGCAUAUGGCAGGCUGCCUUGGUUCUCCCGCUUGGAGGAACGAAAAUGUCUUCGAACGUUACACAACGUGCAGGCAUGUUCGCCGGCAUCCAUGCUUCUUUUUGCAAGGCCAGACAACCUACAAAAGCUGUGGCUGACUUAGGACACGUGCCUUUUGUUCAAUAAGCGAUACGAGAAGCCGGAAGUUCCAUGGCCCGUUUGAAGGUUGUGCUUGACUGAGCCGUCCUUGAAUAGUAUCAGUUCGCUUCCAUUUUUCAUCGUCGCAGAUUUAGGACUUUGCUGUUUAUUUUAUCAGCCACAUUCAUCCGUCGCGGCUAGCUUUUUCUUCCUUUUCCUUCUUUCUUUCUUUUUUCUUCUUCUUUCUUUUUGGUUACCUUGUCCCUGUAUCAUGUUUUCUAUUCUUCUUCAUCUCCAUCUUCUUGGACUUCAUUUUUGAUUACAUGGUUCCUACGGCUGGAAGGAAAACGUUGGCCCGAGAGAACAGGAUACACAUUUUGGCUUGAAGGGCUGGAUUGGAUUAUUCAAGGAUGUGUGCAUACCCCGUUGAAAAGAUGCGAUGAAACGAAAGGAGAAGAAUGGGAUUGGAAUGAGUGUUGAACGGGGGAGGCUUGCAAGAUGGCGUCGGGUCUAAACACCCGUCGAUCUUGUCUGAUCACCAAAAGUCUUGCCAGAACCGGAGAAGUCUCCGUCUAGCUUUUGGCCCUUCCGCUGUGACUCAACAGAAGAGAUGUUUUUGAUACCCUACACACAAUAUUACUUGCUUUUACUCGUGCUUGCAUCACCUAUAUCGCGAGUUCUCUCUUGUUUAUUUUUGCUCACUUCUGCUGUGGGUUGUGGGUUCGCUUCAUCUUUGUCAUUGCUGCGUGAGACUUAUCAGUCCCUAAGCGUUGAGUCAUGUUGAGCGUUGAGACAUCUCUAAGCGUCAAGAUGAGCCGGCGUAGCGUAGUGCCAAGCUCCCGGGCCGCUGCAAGACCCUGAGGCCUGGAUAAGUGUAACAACUUCCAUUUUGAGAGGGUACUAGGCCGAAUAAAGGAAGGUGGCGGAGAA